AUGAACACGCCACGUCAACGCAAAGUCCACAGUCCAUCCUCAUCGAAUCAGCCUCCUGCGCCGAGCCCAAUGGACAAGUUGAUCGAUCACAAUCAAGGCUCAUCCGUGGCGCUCGAAGCGUCUAGGUCUCGACUUGAGGCCUCCAAACGCGCUAUACGUCCUACUCCACUGCAGAGAAUUGAACAACUCACCGGGGAGAAGACAGCAUUACAAAAAGAGCUCGCCAAAUAUCAGAGACAGGAAAGCGCCAAUCGGGCUUUUAAAGAAGAGAUGAAGCAGGUUUUAGACCGACUCCAGCAGGCGGUAUUCGAGUGGAGAAGAGCUCAGAGGCAGAUUGACGACGAUUUCAACACGAACUCUGAACAAGGCGUGGACACGGCUAGCAUUAAGGUUGGCAUGCAGAGCCGUGACGUAUGA